AUGCUCCUCCCUGCCCUCCUCUUUGGGAUGCUAUGGGCAUUGGCUGAUGGGCGGUGGUGUGAGCAGACAGAGACCAUCCAUGUGGAAGAGGAAGUGGCCCCCCGUAGGGAGGAUCUGGUGCCCUGUGCCAGCCUCUACCAUUAUACCCGCCUAGGCUGGCGGCUGGACCUGCCCAGAAGCGGCCACCAGGGGCUCUCGGGGCCUCCAGCACCUGGGCUCUGUCCCAUAUACAAACCCCCAGAAACUCGUCCUGCCACAUGGAACCGGACAGCGAGGGCUUGCUGCCCAGGCUGGGGGGGCGCCCAGUGUGCUGACGCCCUCACCGAAGCCAGCCCUGGCGGCCACUGCUUUGCUACGUGGCAGUGCCAGCCUCUGGGAGGCUCAGCUAAUGCUCCAAUGGGAAACCUGGAGGAGUGCUGUGCCAGUCCUUGGGGACACAGCUGGUGGGACAAUGGCUCUCAGCUCUGCCUCAGCUGUUCCAGCCAACACCUUCCAGGCAAUGCUUCCGCUGCAGUCCUCUUGCAGCCCCUGCCAGGGGCUGUGGGUCAGCUCUGGAGCCAGCGCCAGCGUCCCUCAGCCACCUGUGCCACCUGGUCAGGCUUUCACUACCGCACUUUUGACGGGCGCCACUAUCACUUCCUGGGCCACUGCACCUACCUGCUGGCAGGAGUUGCUGAUUCCACCUGGGCCGUCCACCUCAGGCCUGGGGGCCACUGCCCACAACCUGGGCUCUGUCGGCUGGUCCGGGUGAUGAUGGGCUCAGAGGAGGUGCAGAUCCAAGGUAGAAAUGUUUCUGUGAAGGGGCAGCUUGUACCUGAGGGGGAGUCUUGGUUGCUGCAUGGGCUGAGCCUGCAGUGGCAGGGGGACUGGCUGGUGCUCUCCGGGGGCCUGGGGGUCGUUGUGCGGCUAGACAGGUUUAGUUCGGUCUCCAUCUCCGUGGACCCUGAGCUCUUGGGGCAGACGCAGGGCCUCUGUGGGCUCUACAACGGCCGGCCCGAGGAUGACUUUUCGGAGCCAGGUGGGGGCCUGGCUGUACUUGCUGCCACCUUUGGGAAUUCCUGGAGGCUCCCUAGUUCUGAGCCUGGGUGUCUGGAUGCUGUGGAAGUGGCUCAGGGCUGUGAGGGAGCCCUGAAGGGCACAGAGAUGGGUAUGGACCCUGGCCAGCUGCGAGCUGAAGCCCAGGACAUGUGCCACCAGCUGCUGGAGGACCCAUUCUGGCAGUGCCAUGCCCAGGUUCCCCCCGAUGAGUACCACGAGGCCUGCCUCUUUGCCUACUGUGCAGGGGCUGCUGUGGACAGUGGCCGAGAGGGGCGGCAGGAGGCUGUGUGUGCCACCUUUGCCAACUACGCCCAGGCCUGUGCCAGGCGGCGCAUUCACGUGCUCUGGAGGAAGCCUGGCUUCUGUGAGCGUCUGUGCCCUGGGGGUCAGCUCUACUCCGACUGCGUCUCAUCCUGCCCCCCCAGCUGCUCGGCGGUGGGCCAGGAAGAGGAAGGGGCCUGUAGGGAAGAGUGUGUGAGUGGCUGCGAGUGCCCACCUGGCCUCUUCUGGGACGGCGCCCUCUGCGUGCCUGCCGCCAGCUGCCCCUGCUACCACCGGCGCCAGCGCUAUGCUCCCGGUGACACUGUGCACCAGCUGUGUAACCCAUGUGUGUGCAAGGAUGGCCACUGGCACUGUGCCCAGGCCUUGUGUCCUGCUGAGUGUGCAGUAGGUGGCGAUGGGCAUUACCUCACCUUUGAUGGGCGGAGCUUCUCCUUCCGGGGCAGCCCAGGCUGCCGCUACAGCCUGGUGCAGGACUAUGUGAAAGGGCAGCUGCUGAUCGUGCUGGAGCAUGGCGCCUGCGACUCCGGGAGCUGCCUCCACGCCCUGUCUGUCUCCCUGGGGAGCACCCAUGUCCAGCUCAGGGACUCAGGAGCUGUGCUGGUGGACGGACAGGAUGUAGGACUGCCCUGGACUGGCACUGCGGGUCUCAGCGUCUCCAGAGCCUCCUCCACCUUCCUGCUGCUACGCUGGCCUGGGGCCCGUGUCCUCUGGGGAGUGGCCGACGCUGCAGCCUACAUCACCCUGGCCCCCCACCAUGCCCACCAGGUGCAAGGUCUGUGUGGCACCUUCACUUGGAACCAGCAGGAUGACUUCCUGACACCAGCUGGGGACGUGGAGGCCAGCACUGCUGACUUUGCUAGCAGGUUCCAGGUGGCAGGCAAUGGAGGGUGCUCCUCUGGGGACAGUGUCCCGCUUUUCCCCUGCAGCGUCCACUCCCAGCACCUUGCUUUUGCAGAAGCAGUCUGUGCCAUCCUGCAUGGCCCACCCUUCCAGGACUGCCACAGGCUGGUGGACAGGGAGCCCUUCCAGCUGCGCUGCUUGGCCGCCGUGUGUGGCUGUGCCCCCGGCAGGGACUGCCUGUGUGCAGUGUUAUCUGCCUACGCGCACCGCUGUGCCCAGGAGGGCGCCCUGCUGUCCUGGAGGAACCAGACUCUCUGCCCUGUCCUGUGUCCUGGUGGCCAGGAGUACCAGGAGUGUGCCCCAGUGUGUGGUCACCAUUGCGGGGAGCCAGAGGAUUGUGAGGAGCUGAGCAGCUGCGUGGCUGGUUGUAACUGCCCCCCUGGGCUGCUGUGGGACCCUGAGGGCCAGUGUGUGCCCCCCAGUUUGUGCUCCUGCCAGCUUGGAGCCCAUCGCUACACCCCUGGCAGUGUCACCAUGAAGGACUGCAACCGCUGCAUCUGCCAGGAGAGGGGCCUCUGGAAUUGCACGGCUCACCACUGCCCCCCCCAGCGGGCCUUCUGCCUGGGGGAGCUCGUCUAUGCUCCUGGAGCCUGCCUCCUCACCUGUGACAGCCCCAGCACCAACCACUCCUGCCCCACGGGCAGCACUGACGGCUGUGUCUGUCCCCCAGGCACCGUGCUGCUGGAUGAGCGCUGUGUGCCUCCUGAUCUCUGUCCCUGCCGUCACAGUGGGCAGUGGUACCCACCUAAUGCCACCAUCCAGGAGGACUGCAACAUUUGUGUGUGCCAGGGCCAGCAGUGGCACUGCACAGGCCAGCUGUGCAGUGGAUGGUGCCAGGCAUCAGGUGCCCCCCACUAUGUGACAUUCGAUGGGCUGGCACUCACCUUCCCUGGAGCCUGCGAGUACCUGCUUGUUCGAGAGGCCAGCGGCCGCUUCAGCAUCUCUGCCCAGAACCUGCCCUGCGGGGCCAGUGGCCUCACCUGCACCAAGGCGCUGGCCGUGCGUCUGGAGAGCACUAUUGUGCACAUGCUCAGAGGCCGGGCAGUGACGGUGAACGGGGUGAGUGUAACACCCCCCAAGGUCUACACGGGCCCAGGGCUGAGUCUGCACCAUGCAGGCCUCUUCCUGCUGCUGACGACACGCCUGGGCCUCACCCUGCUCUGGGACGGAGGUACCCGGGUCCUAAUACAGCUGUCCCCACACUUCCGUGGUCGUGUGGUCGGGUUAUGUGGAAACUUUGACGGUGAUGCCAGUAAUGACCUGCGGAGUCGCCAAGGAGUCCUGGAGCCCACGGCUGAGCUGGCUGCCCACUCCUGGCGCCUCAGUCCACUCUGCCCAGAGCCGGGAGACCUGCCGCACCCCUGCACUGUGAACGCGCACCGUGCAGGCUGGGCCCGGGCCCGCUGUGGAGUGAUGCUCCAGCAGCUCUUCGCCCCGUGCCAUGCAGCGGUGCCCCCACAGCAGCACUACGAGUGGUGUGUGUACGACACCUGUGGCUGUGACUCAGGAGGCGACUGUGAGUGUCUCUGCUCUGCCAUUGCCACCUACGCAGAUGAGUGUGCCCGGCACGGGCACCAUGUGCGCUGGCGCAGCCAGGAGCUCUGCCCCCUGCAGUGUGAAGGGGGACAAGUGUACGAAGCCUGUGGCCCCACUUGCCCUCCCACUUGCCACGCUGAGCCUGGAUGGCACUGCCGGGUCAUUGCCUGCGUGGAGGGCUGCUUUUGUCCCAAAGGGACUCUGCUGCACGGAGGAACGUGCAUGAAGCCAUCUGCCUGUCCCUGUGAGUGGGGUGGCAGCUUCUUCCCACCAGGGACUGUGCUGCAGAAAGACUGUGGGAACUGCACAUGCCAGGAAAGCCAAUGGCAUUGUGGGAGUGACCGUGGCCCCUGUGAGGAGCUGGUGCCCGGCUGUGCCGAAGGAGAGUCUCCAUGCCAGGAAAGCGGGCACUGCGUGCCACAUGAGUGGCUUUGUGACAACCAGGAAGACUGUGGUGAUGGCUCAGAUGAAGAGGGUUGUGCCACCCCAGGCUGUGGGGAGGGACAGAUGUCAUGCCACUCUGGCCACUGCCUGUCCCUGUCCCUGCUCUGUGAUGGACAGGAUGAUUGUGGAGAUGGCACAGAUGAACAGGGCUGCCCAUGUCCCUAUGACUCGCUGGCCUGUGCUGAUGGGCGCUGCCUGCCCCUCACCCUGCUGUGUGACGGGCAUCCCGACUGUCCAGACGCCGCUGAUGAGGAGUCCUGUUUGGGGCAGGGGAACUGCACUCCUGGGGAAGUGUCCUGCGUCAAUGGCAGCUGCGUGGGGGUCAUUCAGCUGUGCGAUGGAGUUUGGGACUGCCCAGAUGGAGCUGAUGAGGGGCCUGGUUACUGCCCACUGCCCUCUCUGCCCAUGCCCCCUGCUGUCACAAUGCCUGGCCCCUCCACUGAGUCCCAGGAAGGUGAAUCAAGUCCCUUGGGCAGUGCCAGCCCUGCCCCGCGCUGCGGCCCCUUGGAGUUUCCAUGCGGCAGUGGCGAGUGCACCCCGCGGGGCUGGCGCUGCGACCAGGAGGAGGACUGCGCCGAUGGCAGCGACGAGCUGGGCUGCGGUGGGCCCUGUGCCCUGCACCACACGCCCUGCGCCCGCGGCGCGCACUGCGUGUCCCCUGCGCAACUGUGCGACGGAGUGACGCAGUGUCCCGACGGCUCUGACGAGGGCCCAGACGCCUGCGAGGGACUGCCAGUGCCAGGAAGUCCCAUCGGGACAGGAUUUCCCUGCCCAGAGUACUCAUGCCCCAGUGGCACCUGCAUUGCUUUCCAGCAGGUGUGUGACGGCCAGCCCGACUGUGAGCUGGUGGGGGAGGCAGGACUCACCCCUGAAGAACAGGGCUGUGGGGCCUGGGGCCCCUGGAGCCCAUGGGGGCCGUGCAGCCAGACCUGUGGGCCUGGGGAGCAGAGCCAGCGCCGCCGCUGCUCCCCAUCCGGGCUCUUGGUGCUGCAGCACUGCCCAGGCUCCGCCCAUCAGUCCCAGGCCUGCUUCACCAUGGCCUGCCCAGUGGAUGGUGGAUGGAGCUCCUGGUCCCCCUGGUCCCUGUGCUCUGAGCCUUGUGGGGGCACCAUGACAAGGCAACGUCAGUGCCACCCACCCCAGAACGGGGGCCGAGCCUGUGCCCUUCUGCCUGGGGAUCCUCACGGUGCCCGUCAGACUGCGCCCUGCCCUCAGGAUGGCUGCCCCAAUGCCACCUGCUCUGGGGAGCUGGUGUUCCAGCCCUGUGCCCCCUGCCCUCUGACCUGCAAUGACAUCUCUGGCCAGACUGUGUGCCCACCUGACAGGCCCUGCAGCAGCCCAGGCUGUUGGUGCCCAGAAGGGCAGGUGCUGGGCAGUGAGGGGCAGUGCGUGUGGCCCCGGCAGUGCCCCUGCCUGGUGGAUGGAGCCCGAUACUGGCCUGGGCAGCGUAUCAAAGUCAACUGCCAGCUCUGUGUCUGCCAAGAUGGGCGGUCCCGGCGAUGCCGGCCCAACCCAGACUGUGCCGUAAACUGUGGCUGGUCCUCCUGGUCCCCCUGGGCCGACUGCCUGGGCCCCUGUGGGAGCCAGAGCGUCCAGUGGUCCUUCCGGAGCCCCAACAAUCCCCGCCUCUCUGGCAGAGGACGCCAGUGCCGUGGCAUCCACCGCAAGGCUCGCAGGUGCCAGACGCAGCCUUGUGAGGGCUGUGAGCAGCAGGGCCACGUGCACCAGGUCGGGGAGCGCUGGCGUGGGGGUCCCUGCAGGGUGUGCCAGUGUCUGCACCCAGGCACGGUGCACUGUUCCUCCUACUGCCCACUGGGCAGCUGCCCCCAGGGUUGGGUCCUGGUGGAGGGAGUGGGAGAAUCGUGUUGCCACUGUGCCCUGCCUGGAGAGAAUCGGACAGUGCCUUCAACGGCCACUCCUGCUCCUGCUCCAGAGCCCAGUCCCCAGACCAGUCCCCCUCUGGUCACCUAUAUUCUGCCUCCCCCAGGAGAUGCCUGCUAUUCUCCCCUGGGCCUGGCUCGACUGCCCGAGAGGGAUUUGUGGACAUCAUCAAGGCGGCUGGAGCACCCCACCUGGGCUGCCCUCCUGGGGGCUCCCACCAAAGGGCCUGCCAGUGCUGAGUGGCACACGGGGCCACCCUACCUGCAGCUGGACCUGCUCCAGCCCCGGAACCUCACUGGCAUCAUCCUGCAGGGAGCCAGCUCCUCCGACCCGUAUGUCACCAGCUUCUCGCUCCAGUUCAGCAGUGAUGGUCUACACUGGCAGGACUACCGUGACAUCCUGCCUGGCAUCUUGUCCCCACCCAAGUCUUUCCCCAGGAACUGGGACGAUGUGGCCCCCAGAGCAUGGACCUUCAGCCGGAUGGUGCAGGCGCGGUACAUCAGAGUGUGGCCACAUGGUGUCCACCACAGCGAUGUGCAGCCCAGCACCUUCCUGUGGGUGGAGCUCCUGGGCUGCCAGCCAGCACCCCCACCAGUGCGCCCAUGUCCGGAGGCCAGGCCCCGCUGUGCCAGUGGCGACUGUGAGGAUGGCUCUGAUGAGGAGGGCUGUGGGCCCCUGCCUGCGGGCGCCGGCAGGACCCCAACCUUCUCCACCCAGCCAGGACAGGUGCCUCUCCAGCCUCAUGAGGGUCUGGCAGAGACUGACGGCUGGCAUCUCAAGCAGGGUUCAUCCAUGUCCCUCACAGAGAAGAGGCCACACCCUGUUCCAGCCUCCGAGGCUUCUCACCGGAGCUCUGGGGAAUCUGUGCAGAUGGGGAGCAUCCCUCCCACAUUCCAUGCUGGGUCUCAGAGCCUGCACCCAGGAAUGGCAGCCAUCACGGUGCUCCCCACACACCGGACCACUCCAGGGACCCCCGCUGGUCAGAGAGUUGCCCCCAGCCCUUUCCCACCCGUGCGAUGCCUCCCUGGGCAGCUGCCCUGUGCGGUGCUGGGCUGCGUGGAACAGGAGCAGCUGUGUGACGGGAAGGAGGACUGUCUGGACGGCUCUGACGAGCAGCCCUGCGUGAGUCCUGUGCCCUUCACGGUGCCCACCUCGGCCCUGCCUGGACUGCCAGCCUCCAGGACUCUCUGCUCCCAGAGCCAGCUGAGCUGUGGCAGCGGGGAGUGCCUGCCCGCUGAGCGGCGCUGCGACCUGCGGCCCGACUGCCAGGACGGCUCGGACGAGGACGGCUGUGUGGACUGUGUGCUGGCACCAUGGUCUGGCUGGGGUGGCUGCAGCCGCAGCUGUGGCCUGGGCCUCUCCUUCCAGCGCCGGGAGCUACUGCGGCCUCCCCUGCCUGGGGGCAGUUGCCCACUGGACCAGCUCCGCAGUCAGCCCUGCUUUGUGCAGGCCUGCCCAGUGGCCGGGGCAUGGGCAGAGUGGGAGACCUGGGGACCUUGCAGUGUCUCCUGUGGGGGUGGCCAUCAGAGUCGCCAGAGGAACUGCACAGACCCACCACCCAAGAAUGGCGGUGCACCCUGUCCUGGGGCCUCCCAGGAGAGGGCACCCUGUGGUUUGCAGCCCUGCACUGGUGACACAGAUUGCGGGCUGGGCCGUGUGCACGUGAAUGCCACGCUGUGCCAGAAGGGGCUGGUGCCCCCAUGCCCACCUUCCUGCCUGGAUCCUGAGACCAACAGAAGCUGCGACGGGCUGUGUGUGGAGGGAUGCCGCUGCCCCCCGGGACUCCUCCUGCAUGACUCUCUCUGCCUGCCCCUCUCCGAGUGCCCCUGCCUCGUGGGUGAAGAGCUGAAGCAGCCAGGGUUGUCCUUCCUCCUGGGCAACUGCAGCCAAUGCAUGUGUGAGAAGGGGGCACUGGUGUGCCAACCAGGGGACUGCCCCCAGUCCUGCAGCUGGUCAGCCUGGUCCUCCUGGACUCCCUGCGACCGCUCCUGUGGCUCUGGAGUGAGGGCCAGGUUCAGGUCUCCCUCCAACCCUCCUGCGGCUUUUGGAGGUGCCCCCUGUGAAGGUGACAGGCAGGAACUGCAGGUGUGCCACACGGAUUGUGGGACAGAGGUGCUGGGUUGGACACCCUGGACCUCCUGGUCCUCCUGCUCCCAGAGCUGCCUUGUCCCUGGAGGAGCCCCUGGCUGGCGACAUCGCUCCCGACUCUGCCCCAGCCACAAGGAUGCAUCCUGCCCAGGAGGGGCCACCCAGGAGGAGCCUUGCAGCCCCCCUGUAUGCCCAGUGCCAAGUGGCUGGGGUGCAUGGGCUUCCUGGUCUGCCUGCUCAGCCCCUUGCAACGGAGGCAUUCAGAUUCGUGGGCGCAGCUGCUCUAGCUCGGCUCCUGGAAGCCACACAUGUCAGGGACCCCACAGUCAGACCAGGGACUGCAACACACAGCCCUGCACAGCCCAGUGCCCAGGGGACAUGGUGUUCCGCUCAGCAGAGCAGUGUCACCAGGAUGGGGGUCCAUGUCCUCGGCUGUGCCUGGCACAGGACUCUGGGGUGGAGUGCACGGGCUUCUGCACCCCCAGCUGCACCUGCCCCCCUGGCCUCUUCCUGCACAACGCCAGCUGCCUGCCCCGCAGCCAGUGCCCCUGCCAGCUGCACGGCCAGCUCUACGCACCAGGAGCGGUGGCUCGCCUGGACUCCUGCAACACCUGCACCUGUGUCUCUGGAGAGAUGGCAUGCACCUCAGAGCUCUGCCCAGUGGCUUGUGGCUGGAGCCCUUGGACCCCGUGGAGUGUCUGCAGCCGCAGCUGUGAUGUGGGCAUACGACGGCGCUUCCGGGCGGGCACUGCACCCCCAGCUGCCUUUGGGGGUGUUGAGUGCGAGGGCCCCAACAUGGAAGCUGAAUUCUGCAGCCUGCGGCUGUGUCCAAGUCCUGGCAGGGAGUGGGGUCCCUGGUCUUCGUGCUCCGUGCCCUGUGGCAGUGGCUACAGAAAUCGCACCCGAGGAAGUGGCCCACGCGGUCUCAUGGAGUUCUCCACCUGCAGCCUGCAGCCCUGUGCAGGGCCAGUGCCCGGUGUGUGUCCCAGGGGUCAGCAGUGGCUGGAUUGUGCCCAGGGCCCUGCCUCCUGUGCCGAACUCAGUGCUCCGAGAGAGACCAACCAGACCUGCCACCCUGGCUGCUACUGCCCAUAUGGGAUGUACCUGCUGAACAACGUGUGUGUGCCGGCCCAGGACUGUCCCUGUGCCCACAGGGGACGCCUCUAUGCCCCGGGCAGUGCCGUGCUUCGUCCAUGUGAGAACUGCUCCUGCAUCUCUGGGCUCAUCACCAACUGCACCUCUUGGCCUUGUGAGGAGGGCCAGCCCACAUGGUCACCCUGGACCCCCUGGAGUGUGUGCUCAGCCUCCUGUGGGCCUGCCCGACGCCACCGGCACCGCUUCUGUGACAGGCCCUCUAGCGUGGCGCCAUCCUCCCUGCCUCUGGGACCCUCACCAACCACACCCACACCCCUCUGCCCAGGCCCGGAGGCCGAGGAGGAGCCAUGCCUCCUGCCAGGGUGUGACCGGGCAGGAGGCUGGGGGCCUUGGGGGCCCUGGUCCAGCUGUAGCCGGAGCUGUGGGGGAGGCCUGCGGAGCCGGACCCGAGCCUGUGACCGACCGCCACCUCAAGGCCUGGGGGAUUUCUGUGAGGGGCCUCAGGCCCAGGGAGAAGCCUGCCAGGCUCAGCCAUGCCCAGUGACUGACUGCGCUGCCAUUGAGGGGGCCCAGUACAGCCCUUGCGGCCCUCCCUGCCCCCGCUCCUGUGACGACCUAGUGCACUGUGUGUGGCACUGCCAGCCUGGAUGCUACUGUCCCCCGGGUCAGGUUCUGAGUGCUGAUGGGACCAUCUGCGUGCAGCCUGGUCACUGCAGCUGCCUGGACCUGCUGACUGGGGAGCGGCACCGUCCAGGCGCUCGGCUGGCCAGGCCCGAUGGCUGCAACCACUGCACCUGCUUGGAGGGGAGGCUCAACUGCACAGAACGGCCCUGCCCAGUGCCUGGAGGCUGGUGCCCAUGGUCAGAGUGGACAGCGUGCUUCCAGCCCUGCUGGGACCGAACGAGGACCCGCUCCAGGUCCUGUGCCUGCCCUGCUCCUCAGCAUGGGGGUGCCCCGUGCCCUGGAGAGACGGGAGCCCAGCAUCAGAAGGAGACCUGUCCCAGACCCACCACGUGCCCAGUGGAUGGAGCCUGGAGCUCAUGGGGACCAUGGUCUCCCUGUGACGCAUGCCUAGGACAAUCCCGUCGGAGCAGGGAGUGCAGCCAGCCCCCCACCUCUGAGGGAGGCAGACCCUGUCCUGGCAUGCACGAGCAGAGCCGCCCCUGUGGGGACACUUCCAGGCAAUGCACAGACUGUGGGGGUGGCCAGAGUCUGCUGCCCUGUGGGCAGCCCUGCCCCCGCUCCUGCCAGGACCUGUCCCCUGGCAGUGUGUGCCAGCCAGGCCCAGCAGGCUGCCAGCCCAGCUGCGGGUGUCCCCCAGGCCAGCUCUCCCAGGACGGGCUCUGUGUGCUCCCAGUCCACUGUCGUUGCCAGUACCAGCCUGGAGCCUUAGGAAUCCCUGAGAAUCAGAGCCGGUCAGCAGGCUCUGGCCUCAGCUCCUGGGAGAGUCUGGAACCUGGAGAGGUGGUAACGGGGCCAUGUGACAACUGCACCUGUGUGGCAGGCAUCCUGCAGUGCUCGGAGGUGCCCAGCUGCCCGGGGGCUGGUGUGUGGGGCCCCUGGGGCCCCUGGGAAGACUGCAGUGUUUCCUGUGGAGGAGGGGAGCAGCUGCGCUCCCGACACUGUGCCCGCCCUCCCUGCCCCGGCCUGGCCCGCCAGAGCCGCACCUGCCACACCCAGGUCUGCAGAGGAUGCCCGGCCGGACGUCUGUACCGAGAAUGCCUGCCCAGGGAAGGAUGCCCUUUCUCCUGCGCCCACAUCACAGGGCAGCUGGCCUGCUUCUCUGAUGGCUGUGAGGAGGGAUGCCACUGUCCUGAGGGUACCUUCCAGCACGGCACGGCCUGUGUCCAGGAGUGCCCCUGCACGCUGACAGUCUUGCUGAUUCAAGAGCUGGGAGCCACCAGCACUGGUCCUGGGAGGCACCCAGCCCCUCUGGGAGAGGAGGGUCAGCCCCUCAGGCCUGGAGAUGAGCUGAGCCCAGGCCAGACGUUUCAAAUGGGCUGCAGCAACUGCUCCUGUGCGCAUGGGAAGCUGUCUUGCUCCUUGGAGGCCUGCUCUGAGGCCCACAGCUUCAGCCCAUGGAGCCUGUGGGGCCCCUGCUCCCGCUCCUGUGGCGGACUGGGCACCCGCACUCGCAGCCGUCAGUGUGUGCGCCCCACAACUGCUACUGGUGGCCAGGGCUGCCGAGGACCCCUCCAAGACCUCGAGUACUGCCUCAGCCCGGACUGCUCUGGGGCUGAAAGGUCCACGGCAGAGCCAGUGACAGGCCUUCCAGAUGGCUGGGGCCCCUGGUCCCCGUGGUCCCCGUGUUCCCGAAGCUGCACGGACCCCACCCACCCUGCAUGGCGCAGUCGGACCCGCCUCUGCUUGACUAACUGCACUGGGGGGGACCCCUCCCAGGAGCGCCCCUGCAACCUGCCCUCAUGCACAGCUUUACUUUGCUCUGUAGAGUCGCCGCCCCUGUGCUCCAGCCCUGGCUGUGAGCCGGGGAACUGUUCCUGGACCUCCUGGGCCCCAUGGGAACCGUGCUCGCGCAGCUGUGGGGUGGGCCAACAGCGCCGCCUACGAGCAUACCGUCCCCCGGGGCCAGGCGGACACUGGUGCCCGGACAUCCUCACUGCUUACCAGGAGCGUCGCUUCUGCAACCUGCGUGCUUGCCCAGUGCCUGGGGGCUGGUCGCGCUGGAGCCCCUGGUCCUGGUGUGACCGGAGCUGCGGUGGGGGCGGAUCCCUGAGGAGCCGCAGCUGCUCGAGCCCCCCACCCAAGAAUGGGGGUGCCCCCUGUGUGGGGGAGAAGCACCAGGCCCGGCUCUGCAACCCCAUGCCCUGUGAGGAGGGCUGCCCAGCAGGCAUGGAGCUGGUCAGCUGUGCCAACCGCUGUCCCCGCCGCUGCUCAGACCUGCAGGAGGGAAUCCGGUGCCAGGAGGAGCAGGCCUGUCAGAGGGGCUGCCGCUGUGCUGAGGGGUUCCUAGAGCAGGACAGCAGCUGUGUGCCAGUUGGGCACUGUGAGUGUACUGAUGCCCAGGGCCACAGCUGGGCCCCAGGAAGCCACCACCAGGAUGCCUGUAACAACUGUUCCUGCCAGGCCGGGCAGCUCUCCUGCACAGCUGAGCCCUGCCCACCUCCCGCCCACUGUGCCUGGAGCCGCUGGUCAGCCUGGAGUCCCUGCAGCCACUCAUGUGGGCCAAGAGGACUGCAGAGCCGCUUUCGAUCGUCCACAUCCGGCUCCUGGGCUCCCGAGUGCCGAGAAGAGCAGUCCCAGAGCCAACCCUGCCCUCAGCCUCCCUGCCCACCCCUGUGCCUGCAUGGGGACCGUCCCCACAUCCUGGGGGAUAGCUGGCUACAGGGAGAGUGCCAGCAGUGCUCCUGUACCCCAGAGGGCAUUAUCUGUGAAGACACCGAGUGUACAGCAACCGGGAGCUGGACACUGUGGUCCCACUGGUCCGACUGCCCUGUCUCUUGUGGAGGUGGAAGUCAGGUUCGCACCCGGGCCUGCAUGAUGCCAGCCCCACACCACGGGGAACCACUCUGCCAGGGCCCUGGCACCCAGACCCAGCCCUGUGGGCAGCAGCCCUGUCAGCAGCUGCCGGAGACCUGCUCCUGGGGCCCGUGGGGACCCUGUUCCCGCAGCUGUGGCUCAGGCCUGGCCUCCCGCUCUGGGUCCUGCCCCUGCCUGCUGGCCGAGGCAGACCCCAUGUGCAACGGCACUUUCCCCCACCAAGACACCCAGGCCUGCUAUGCGGGGCCCUGCCUGGAGGAGUGUGUGUGGAGUGGCUGGAGCAGCUGGACGCGCUGCUCGUGCCAGGUGCUGGUGCAGCAGCGUUAUCGGCACCAGGGCCCAGCGCCCGGCCGCACUGCAGAGGGCGCCCCCUGCACACGCCUGGAUGGCCACUUCCGGCCAUGCCCCACUGGCAGCUGCUCAGAGGACAGCUGCACACCUCCCUUUGAGUUCCAGGCCUGUGGCUCCCCCUGCGCCAGGCUCUGUGCCACACACCUGAGCCAACAGCUCUGCCAAGACCUGCCGCCCUGCCAGCCUGGCUGCUACUGCCCCAAGGGGCUGCUGGAGCAGGCUGGGGCCUGCAUUCCCCCCGAGCAGUGUAACUGCUGGCACAUCUCAGAAGAGGGAGCUGAGGUGACACUGGCCCCUGGGGACCACCUGCAACUGGGGUGCAAGAAAUGUCAAUGCUGGCACGGAGAGCUGCAGUGCACCAGCUGGGGCUGCGAAGGUCUUCUGCCUCUGAGCAGCUGGUCCGAGUGGUCACCCUGUGGGCCCUGCCUGCCCCGAAGUGCCCUGACGCCCGCCUCCAGGACUACCCUGGAGGAGCCCUGGUCUCCGAACACAACGGGCCUCCGGCCACCCUCCACGUCCCUGCUGGUUUCCCAGCAGCACCGCCACCGCCUCUGUUUGGACCCUGAGACAGGGAGGCCCUGGGCUGGAGACCCUCAGCUCUGCACAGCGCCCCUUAGCCAACAACGCCUCUGCCCUGACCCUGGGGCCUGUCAAGACUCAUGCCAGUGGAAUCCCUGGGGGCCCUGGAGCCCCUGCCAGGUGCCCUGCAGUGGAGGCUUCCAGAUGCGCUGGAGAGAAGCAGGCGGCCUCCCUGGAGGAGACUGCCGUGGGCCAUGGGCUCAGACCCAGAGCUGCAACAUGGGAUCCUGCCCAGGAGAGAGCUGCAAGGCUGAGGACACCGUGCCCACCCCUGACUGUGCCAAUCAAUGCCCUCGAAGCUGCAUGGACCUCUGGGAGCGCGUACAGUGUCUGCAGGGACCCUGUAGUCCAGGCUGCCGCUGUCCCCCUGGCCAGCUGGUGCAGGAUGGGCGCUGUGUGCCCAUCUCCUCUUGCCGCUGUGGCCUCCCCAGUGCCAAUGCCUCGUGGGAGCUGGCCCCAGCCCAGGUGGUGCAACUGGGCUGCCACAACUGCACCUGCACCAAUGGGUCCCUAGUGUGCCCACGCCUUGAGUGUCCAACCUUGGGACCUUGGUCAGCCUGGAGCAAGUGCUCAGUAGCCUGUGGGGGGGGCACCAUGGGCCGCCAUCGGAGCUGCCAGGAGCAUGCUGGGGGGGCACUAUGCCAGGCCCAGGACAUGGAGCAACAGCAGGAGUGUAACCUGCAGCCCUGCCCUGAGUGCUCCUCUGGCCAGGUGUUCAGUGCCUGUGCUGCAUCAUGCCCGAGCCUCUGCUCACACCUGCAGCCUGGCACCAUCUGUAUGCAGGAACCCUGCCAACCCGGCUGUGGCUGCCCCCGGGGACAGCUGCUGCACAACGGCACGUGCGUGCCCCCUGCUGCCUGCCCCUGCACUCAGCUCUCUCUGCCCUGGGGCCUCGCCCUGACCCUUGAAGAGCAGGUCCAGGAACUGCCCCCAGGGACUGUGCUCACCAGAAACUGCACCCGCUGUACCUGCCAAGAUGGAGCCUUCAGCUGCUCCCUCGUCGACUGUCAGGAGUGCCCCCCUGGGGAAAUGUGGCAGCAGGUGGGCCCUGAAGAGCGGGGUCCCUGUGAGUGGACGUGCCAGGAGACGGAUGCCACAGAGGCUCAGGGCAACUGCAGUGCUGUCCAGACCCCAGGGUGUGUGUGCCAGCAAGGGCACUUUCGUAGCCAUGCGGGCCCCUGCGUCCCUGCAGACCAGUGUGAGUGCUGGCACCACGGGCACCUCCACCUGCUCGGAUCCGAAUGGCGGGAGGACUGUGAGAGCUGCCAGUGCCUCCGUGGGAGGCGCGUCUGCACCCGGCACUGCCCCCUCCUCAACUGUGCUCAGGGCGAGGUGACGGUGCAGGAGCCAGGGAGCUGUUGUCCCACUUGCCGCAGAGAUUCCCUGGAGGUGCGGUCAGCCUCCUGCCAGCUCCUCACCGAGCUUCGCAACCUCACCAAGGGCCCCUGCCACCUGGACCGGGUAGAAGUGAGCUACUGCAGCGGGCACUGCCCGUCCAGCACCAAUGUCAUGCUUGAGGAGCCCUACCUGCAGAGCCAGUGCGACUGCUGUAGUUACCGCCUGGACCCCGACAGCCCUGUAAGGAUCCUGAACCUGCGCUGUCCAGAUGACCGCACAGAGCCAGUGGUGCUGCCGGUCAUCCACAGCUGCCAGUGCAGCGCCUGCCAGGGAGGUGACUUCUCCAAGCACUGACAGGCUGCGCCGGAUGCGUCCACUGCUGUCCCUCUUGUGACAUUUGGGCUCAGAGGCAC